AUCGAUCUCCACGACGUGGAGAUCGACCGUUCUAAAAUGGAGUGCUACGCACUCCUCCUCGUCAUUGCGAGUGCGUGGCCCUGUUUGUAAUGUGGCGUCGCGCCGCCGCCGACCCAUCCUUUUCCCCGAGUUUUACCCUCGUCCGAGCGUGCGCGACGAGGAGGAGUUGGGCGUGCGGCUGGGAGAGAGAGAGAGACCACUCGUGACAUAAUAGCUCCGUUAUUUCCCCCGUGCCGAGAUUUAGUCCACACAGUAGCGAGCGAGCGAGCGAAAAAGAGAGAGAGGGAGGUGUGUGAGCGAGUUUGAGCGAGCGAGAGAGAGAGGGGAGAGUUGCGGAAGCCCAGCUGUUCGCAGCUUUGCCGGUGCGCAAAGGUUCGAUAUCACCCCCCGCGUCGUACGUUGCUUUCGUGAUAGAAACGGUGCGAGAGCGGAACGAUGAUUCGAUCGAGAGGGAAGUAAAGAUUUGCCGUCACCCUGGCGCGCGACAAAUCGGGUCAAAGGCCCGGAUCCUCGUCCUCCUCUUCCUCAUCCACGGAGAGGCUGCAAAAGAUGCCCGGACCGUCGACGCAAGAGAGACCCCGUGCUCAUCGACUCACCGACAUCGAGCCGCAGACGGCGAAGGGCCUGGGGUGUAGUCGAGCGGACGAUUUCAGCACGCCCGUCAGUUCCGGCAGCAACAUGAGCAGCAUCGCGCGCUUCCCGAAGCUCGACGAGUGCGCCCAUUUUCACUACGAGCACGUCGAGCUCGGUACUCUGGAGGUAUCCGUCAACGACGGUUCCAACGACUCGGACAGUUACGCCGUUAGAAUCACGUCCGGGGACGCGUGUUGGACGCUGCAGAGAUCCUACGACAAUUUCGUCAUGUUCGACAAGCAACUGCAUCGGUGCAUAUUCGAUAGAAAAUUCUCCUCCCUAACGAAGCUUCCAGAUGUACGGCCAAAAAAUGCCUGUGAUAUACUGAAGGACUACCUGGGCCGAUUCUCGCAGUUGAAUCACGAGGGCCUCAACUGCGGCCCGGUGUUGAAUUGGCUGCAGCUCGACAAUCGCGGCAGAAGGAUCCUCGUCCCGGAAUCGGACUCCUGUCCUAUUAACACUCCAGCCGUGGCCGCGGCGUACGCCGUAAGACCUUACACCGCUCAAGCGCCGGAUGAGAUUUCCUUCCAGGUAGGCGACAUGAUAUCCGUCAUAGACAUGCCCCCGCCGGGGGAGAGCACGUGGUGGCGCGGAAAGCACGGCUUCGCGGUUGGAUUCUUUCCGGCCGAGUGCGUCGCCGUGAUCGGCGACAAGGUACCGCGUCAUCUGACCGUCUCGACGACGGUCAGGUCGCGAUUACCGGUGAAGCCCGUGCUGCGAAAGCACGGCAAGCUGAUCGCAUUCUUCAGAUCCUUCAUACUGAAUCGGCCCUCCAGGAGGAGGUUGAAGCAAUCGGGCAUACUGCGAGAGCGCGUGUUUGGCUGCGAUUUGGGAGAACAUCUGCUCAAUUCCGGUCAAGAUGUGCCGACCGUUCUGACGUGCUGCGCGGAAUUCAUAGAGAAGCAUGGUCUAGUCGACGGUAUAUACCGCCUUAGCGGCGUGACGUCCAACAUUCAGAAAUUGCGGAACGCCUUCGACGAGGACCGGGUCCCGGCGUUGCAUUCCGACGAGAGCAUACUGCAGGACAUACACUCGGUGGCGUCACUGUUGAAGAUGUACUUCAGGGAGCUGCCGAAUCCGCUGUGCACGUACCAGCUUUACUCGACCUUCGUCAGCGCGGUUCAAGCCGGCACCGAUGCCGAGAGAUUGCGACGUAUGAGAGACGCAGUUAGAAAGUUACCGCCACCUCAUUACAGGACACUCGAAUAUCUGAUGCGUCAUCUGGUGAGGGUAGCUGCACGCGGCACGGAAACAGGUAUGACUCCGCGCAACGUGGCCAUUGUCUGGGCACCUAACCUCCUGAGAUGCAAGGAAUUGGAAGUGGGCGGUGUAGCGGCGCUUCAGGGUGUCGGGGUGCAGGCGGUCGUGACGGAAUUUCUAGUCUGCUACGCCGAGCUCAUAUUCGGGGACGGUCCGGUCGGUAGGCCGAAGUCACUGGCGAUCACCACGUCCGCGCGAUUACUCACCUUGGAGGAGGCGCGCAACAGGAGCUUUCGGGGUGAGCCCGAUUACAUAGAGGUGGGGGCGGGCCCGGCCGGAUUGCCGCUGCGAUAUCACACGGUCAUCGAGCUGCCGCGCAAGAGGAACGGCUCGAAACGUUCACCCUCGCUCAACUGGCGAGCGUUGUUCGGCAGGGGCGCUCUGGGCGCCAUGGGCAAGACUAGGCAGAUCGGCGGCACGCCGCCGCAGGCGGAAACAGUCCCGAGCUCCUUGAACUCCCUGCGACGGCUGAGACCCGUCAAGAGCGCCGACAGUUUGGACGGCGAGGACAGCUUGGGUCCGCUCUUGGGGCCGCCGCCCGCGAGGACCUGCGGCCACAGCCGAUCUGUCUCGCACGACUCGUACUUCGAUCACCUGGCGGACGCCCCCAGCGCGCCGUCGCCCCUCGAUCUCUCGGAGAUACAGCUCAACUUCGACUUGGAGGAGCGGGAGAUGAGGAUGUUCUCGGAGGAGGAGAGCGGCGGAGUGGCGUCGGUGGAAGCGUCGCCGCGCCGGCAGAGGACCGACGGGAGUCAGUGCGCCGCCGUUACCGGCGGCUCCAAGAGGAAGCGAUCUCGCUUAGAGGAAAGACUGCAGUGCGACGUCGAGCUGCGUUUCAUAGACAGCCAAAGUCCAGAUCAGGUUAUGGUGGCGACAAGCGCGGACAUUCACAGCAUCGACACGCCAUCCCCGUUACCAACGCCAGGUUAUCUGCCGUUAUUGUCAGAAGCUUCCACUCCGCUUACGCCCGCAACAUUACAAGCCACGUCUCAUUCCCCUUCGCCGGUACCGGCCAACAGUCCUAGAAUAAGCUUCCGAAGUUUCACUCUGCCGCUCGAAAUCGACGAGGAGCGCAGCAACAGCGCGAACAAGUUGACGGAGACGACGAGUGCGUCAUCUGAGAAGUCACCGGACCCCGCUAGCCAUGGAUUAUCCAUCAAUUUAGAGAAACGGGACAGAGGAAUCGAGUCCUGCGAGGGGAUCGCUACUUACGACGGGCGCGUGGAGUCGCUGCACGACAGGAAGCGCGCGAUCGCCAGCUCGCUCACGGACGCCAAGAAUCAGACCGGCGGGCAAUUUAGCGACGCGGAGAUGGUGCCGUGCGACAACGGAUUGUCCACCGCAACGGAGACGCGCAAAGACGCACAGACGGACAGAUUGAGCUCGCAUUCCACGACGGAGAUCUCGUCCAAGCCGUACGAGGAGGAAGCCGCGAGCGGCGUGAAGGAACGGUCCACCGAUUCGCAGAAUAACCUUAGCACGGUGGGACGAGAGGUUGCCGAUUCGUCGAGAUUGUUGCCGAACGCGACCGAUCUCGAUUCCCCGAUGUCGUGCGAGCAGACUCUGCGCGAGCUGCGAGAGUCCGGCUUUGUGAUUUGUGAUAGCACCGACAAGGUGUUCACCAAUACGGAAACUCGGCGCGUAAUGAGCAAUGCGAAUGAAUCCGGAGACUGGGUGAUCAUCGGAAGAACGACCGGCUCGUUGACGAUCAGCGAGCCGACAAGUCCCAGCGAUUCCUUCCUGGAGGGCGGCGUGAAUCCAGCUCUGGACAUGGAGCAGCUACGACCGACGUCGGACAACGUCUCCGCGGACGCGUUCCGCGACUCGACGGAGAAUCGCGCGGAAAGCGAAGAGAUGAUCCUCGAGAUGAUCGUAACGGGCGCGAAGGAGCCCGCGAGUCGCGAACACGAGAAUCGGGAGGCGCGUUUCGAGGCUGACGACCUCGAGUCGCGCGAUCUCGAGAACGGCAAUCGGUACUCGUGCGACACGACUACCGCGGACAUCGACUCGAGCCAAGAGACGAGCAAUCUCACGAGGGAGCAGCGGAUUCGCGCUUGCUACGCCGAGGCGGACAACGCGAACGUGUUCGGCAGAAAUCAGAACGAGGCGUGCGAGAAGGAGGAGGUGUUCGACACCUUCACCGAGAACUAUCGUCGCCUGUCGCGUGACGUACGGCGACUGAGCCACUCGAGAUUGUCCGGCAAGACCGAGGAGGAGCAGGAGACGAACCGUGCAACACGGGACGACCGCGACAACAACGAGCGUUGUUCGAACGGCCUGUCGGAAAAGUGCCAAAGCUUCGGAUACAAGAAUUCGCAGAAAGCGCAUACUGAUUCGCAACGCACCCCUUCCAAGCGCAGCGACACCGACGGCCACAAGUGCGUCAACUCGCAGGCCAAGUCUCAGGCGAGCAACGUCGAGGUGAGAAUCCCGUCGGAGAACGCGGCCGAGCCCUGCGAGGUCGCCCACGUGCCGGAGGGAGGAGCGUCCGAGACGAUGGAGCGGACGAUAGACACCGCGUUCUCGAACGCCUCGUCGCCGAGCGCCGACGACGAAGCGAUCGUUCUGCGGGACACCGCGACCAUCCUGCAGGAGUUGGCACUGCAGAGAUUAUCCGGCGGCGCCGUGGCGGAUCUGUCGUCCGCCAGCAGCAGGCGCAGAUACGAGAACGAGACGAGCCGCGAUCGGAGGAGCUUCGACUCGGAGAUCGGCCGCGAGAUCGUACGGGAAAGGAAGAUGAGGCAGGAGCUGGACUGCGCGAGGGGCAAGUCCGAGGAGCCGUCGCAGCACUUACCGCCUUGUUUGCGCGCGCGCCACGCGAGGGCGACCCGCGCCGCGCUCAGCCGGUCCUUGGACGAGGCCAAGUUCAAUCGUAUGACGGGUGAGAUCGCGUUGUCGGUGAAGCAGGCGUCUUCCGAGGACGGCCAGCACUGCUCCACGCCCAACGUCGGCAGCGGUUCCGGCGCAUGCUCGAACGCCACCGAGAAGAUCCAGCUGAGGAAUCUCGGCGGCCUGGACUUGGGGGACCCGCAGUGUAGAGAGAGAAUCGAAAAGUACAAAGAGGAGAGGAGGACGUUCUUGAGGGACAAGUAUCGAUCGGAAAGCUUUCGCGGAAUUUCAUCCAAGUCGGAGGACGAGGGCGAGCAGGCGUUGUUGAACAGGUUGAAACAGAGAGCUUCGAGACCAUCUCUUCAUUGAUCGAGUCCGCUCCUCCUCUUAAGUUUAAUCUCGAUACAGUAGUAGUAUAAAUAAGAGCCGCAGCAGAGUUGAUGCGUAAUCUCGGUGAUGACUAGCGUCUAGUGUCCGUUUUAGAGACAGACAGACAGAGAGAGAGAGAGAGAGGAAGAAUGCUAAUUAUUACAUAUAUAGAGAGUUGUCGAAUUUAAUCGACCGACCAAAUUCCUUCGCAAUUUUUUUUCUCGAAAGCAACGUUGUCUCCUCUCGUUUUGAAAGUAGCGAAAGUAGCGACCAGAUAGAACGGAGCAUCGUAUGGAUACGUGUGCGUGUGUGUGUAUCCGAGUGCGAGCAAAAGAGAAUUCGUCACGUUAAAUCAUAUGAUAUAUAUAUACUCGGUUUCAACACGGUUUGAACACAUUCUUUUUUUUUCCGAUUCGGAACGCAGCUGAUGGCCCGACGCGAAAGAAUCUCUGGAAAUUAAUCGUAAACAAUCUCUUUCUCAUUCGGCCAUCGACUUCGUUCCAAACUGCACUGAGACAAAAGCGGUGUUCGAACGGUGUUUGGUAAGCGAGUGUGUGUGCUUCGUAUAUUUUUAUUGAAAAUUUGCACAUUAUGUCGCAGAUGCGCUCUAACUUACCGGCUUAUUUGUACUACUCACGAAUGCAUCGGGUGCUGCAGCAUUCGAUAACGCACUAUUUAUAUAAUUUUCCAUCAAACGCUUCUACUCGAUCCACUAAGCUGCUUUCACUUGAGUCUCAUCGGUGCCACCGCAAAUCGAUUUGCAAAUGAUAUGUGAAAGUGGAUUUCGACGAGGAUGGUGGAACAAGUUAUUCGGUCCAUGACUCAUCUUCGUCUCGCCUAUCGCCAUCAUUAACUAGCUUGAAUUGUAUGAACGUUUAUAAAGCUCGUUAUUAAUUUAUUAGUGACUUGAGAAAAAGAUAUUCAUUUUUAUUACUGUUAUAAGCUUUAAUAACAAA